AUGACAGUUUCACAAAUUGCAGCAUUUCAUAUUCUUAUGAUUUUACAAUGUUGGUAUUCAGAUGAACAUUAUUCAAAAUUAGACGAGUCAUUAAUAUCUCAACUAUCAAUUACUUAUCAAAAUGGAAUUACGAAUGGUCUCUGUAAAAAAGCUAUGGCUGUUGGAUUGGAUGCUGGCUUUGUAGCAAUGGAAUCACUUAAUAAGUUUCUAGAAAAUUUUAUUCAACAAUAUUCUGUGAAUUCUAAUCAACACUUGGUUACUAAUACUGCUUUAAGUGAAAUUCAAGAUAAUAAAUUAAGUGAUUUAGAUAAUCAAAAAAAUGGUCCACAAUUUGAUGUAUCUACUAUACAAGAUUCGGUGAUUAGAAAAAGAAAAGGAGCACCAAGAGUUAAGCGUAUUAAAAGUUCUCUUAAAACAAAAAAUAUUCAAUCAAAUACCAAGAAAGAGAAAGCCACAUGUUUUUGUUCUCGCU